AUGACGGAGGCUGAGAAGAGCCCGCUCUCAGAGAUCAGCCCGGGGCCCCUUCUCUCUGCCCAUUAUGAGGAACGGGGCACUGUCACCCUCGAAGAGAGACGGGAAAGCCUGAAGAGGGAGGCACAGGACCGGACAAAGGAGAGGCCCAGCCCCCUGGCCCAGGGUGUCCCAGACGCACCCCUCCCCAUCCUGUCCCAGGGGCCCCAGCAUGAGCCCCUCAGCUGCCCUGCGUCUGCUGGUGGCAGGAGCAGGAUGCCGCAGCACCGGGCCCAGGAGGAAGACAGCACCGUGCUGAUCACCGUGGUUCCCGGGACGGAGAGAACGGAGUCCUGUGGGAGCACAGCCUCACAAGCAGCCGGUGGACCCCAGGCAGCCAGCUGCGGGAUGGGGAGCCCAGCCACGCCCAGGAUCGCUGACUUUGUCCUUGUUUGGGAGGAAGACCUGAGGCUGGGUCAGCAGCAGGACCACGCCACCCAAGACAAGAUAGACACACACAGGGCCUGGCGGGAGGCCUUCCUGGAUAACCUCCGUGCAGCUGGGCUGCGUGUGAACCAGCAUGACAUCCGGGACAAGGACACAGUGGUGCACUACACCCUCCUCAGCGCAUCUUGGGCUGUGCUCUGCUACUAUGCAGAAGAUCUGCGCCUCAAGCUGCCCCUGCAGGAGUUGCCCAAUCAGGCCUCCAAUUGGUCGGCUAGCCUGCUGGCAGCACUGCGCGUCCCCAACAUGCUGCAGGAGACGGUGCCUGACACCCCCCCCGAAUUCUACUCCUGCCAGUUCAAAGUGAACAAGCUGUCCAGGUACCUGGGGAGUAACAACCAGGACACUUUCUUCACCAGCACGAAGAGGCAUCAGAUUCUGUUUGAGAUCCUGGCCAAGACCCCGUAUGGCCACGGGAAGAGGAGUCUGCUUGGGAUCGACCAGCUGCUGGCAGAGGGGGUCUUCCAGGCAGCAUUCCCCCUGCAUGACGGCCCCUUCAUGCCACCCCCAGAAGGGCCACGGCCCCAGGCCCUGAGCCAGCGGCAGGUCCUCCGGCGGUACUGGGCCCACUGGGGCAAGUGGAACAAGUACCAGCCACUGGACCACGUGCGCAGAUACUUCGGGGAGAAGGUGGCCUUCUACUUCGCCUGGCUCGGGUUCUACACAGCUUGGCUCCUGCCGGCAGCAGUGACAGGCACUCUGGUGUUCCUGGUGGGCUGUUUCACGCUGUUCUCAGACAUACCCACGCAGGAGCUGUGCAGCGGCUCCGACAGCUUUCUGAUGUGCCCACUGUGCCCCGACUGCCCCUUCUGGCGGCUCUCCAGCGCCUGCGCCCUGGUCCAGGCCGGCCGGCUCUUCGACCACGGCGGCACCGUCUUCUUCAGCCUCUUCAUGGCGCUCUGGGCCGUGCUGCUGCUGGAGUACUGGAAGCGCAAGAGCGCCACGUUGGCCUACCGCUGGGAAUGCUCGGACUACGAGUCCCUGCAGGAGAGGCCACGACCCGAGUUCGCUGCCACGGCCCCCACGACAGCCCGGAAUCCCAUCACCGGCGAGGAUGAGCCCUACUUUCCCCCGAGGAGCCGUGCAAGGCGCGCGCUGGCCGGCUCCGUGGUGAUUCUGAUGAUGGUGGCCGUGGUGGUCAUGUGCCUUGUGUCCAUUAUCCUGUACCGUGCGGUCAUGGCCGUGCUGGUGUCCAGGUUGAACAACGUCCUCCUGGCAACCUGGGCGUCCCGCAUGGCCAGCCUCCUGGGCUCUGUGGUGAACCUUAUCAUCAUCCUCAUCCUUUCUAAAAUCUACGUGUACCUGGCCCACAUCCUGACGCGCUGGGAGAUGCACCGGACACAGACCCAGUUUGAGGACGCCUUCACCCUCAAAGUGUUCGUCUUCCAGUUCGCCAACUUCUACUCCUCGCCCAUCUACAUUGCCUUCUUCAAGGGCAGGUUUAUAGGUUACCCAGGCAACUACCGCACCCUAUUCGGGGUCCGCACUGAGGAGUGUGCAGCUGGGGGCUGCCUCAUCGAGCUGGCCCAGGAGCUCCUGGUCAUCAUGGUGGGCAAGCAACUCAUCAACAACGUGCAGGAACUCCUCGUCCCGAAGCUCCAAAGCUGGUGGCAGAGGUUCCGGCGCUCGUCCAAGAGAAGGAAGGCAGGCUCCUUGGCAGAGGUGGCCCAGGCCCCCUGGGAGGCCGACUAUGCACUCCUGCCCUGCCAAGGCCUGUUUGAUGAGUACCUGGAGAUUGUCCUGCAAUUCGGCUUCAUGACCAUGUUCGUGGCCGCCUGCCCACUGGCACCGCUCUUCGCGCUGCUCAACAACUGGGUGGAGAUCCGCCUGGACGCGCGCAAGUUCGUGUGCGAGCGCCGGCGCCCGGUGGCCGAGCGCGCCCAGGACAUGGGCGUCUGGUUCCACAUUCUGUCGGCUGUCGCGCACCUGGCGGUCAUCAGUAACGCCUUCCUGCUGGCCUUCGCAUCUGACUUCCUGCCACGCACCUACUACCGGUGGAACGGCUCCAGCGACCUGCGUGGCUUUGUGAACUUCACCCUGGCCCAGGCCCCACCGGCCUUCACUGCCGAGUUCAACCACACGUGCAGGUACCGGGGCUUCAGGGAUGACGAUGGACACUACUCCCGGACCUACUGGAACCUUCUGGCCAUCCGCCUGGCCUUCGUCAUUGUGUUUGAGCACGUGGUGUUCUCCAUCAGCCGGUUCCUUGACCUCCUGGUGCCCGACAUCCCCGAGUCUGUGCAGAUCAGGGUGAAGCGCGAAUACUACCUGGCCAAGCAGGCGCUGGCUGAGAAUGAGGUUUCCGGCAGGGUCCCAGCUGUGGAGGAUGAUAAGCCUAUGUAUGGCAGGCUCGUCCCGGCCGGUCGGUCGGGCCCCGCCCUGGGCUCCAUGCGCCUGGAGGUGGUCCAGACACCACCUGAGAAGCAGCCCCCCAUGACGGUGGUGAGGGGGCUGCGCUUCGCCUCAGACCCGUGCAUGCAGGCAGUCUCGACGUGGCCCCUCUCCAGGGAGAUGGCCCCCGAGCACCACGUGUGCCUGCCAGGGUGA